GACCUGACUGGUGUAUAAUUUCAGAAGAAAUAAUGGAAAACCAGGAAUUUAUUGUACUGUAUACUCAUCAAAAGAUGAAGAAGUCAAAAGUAUGGCAAGAUGGAAUUCUGAAGAUCACUCACUUAGGAAACAAAGCAAUUUUAUAUGAUGACAAAGGAGAAUGUUUGGAGAGUAUAUUUCUUAAGUGCCUUGAGGUGAAGCCUGGAGAUGACCUAGAAAGUGAUCGAUACUUAAUCACAGUUGAGGAGGUUAAAGUUGCUGGAAACAUAGCUGUUAAACAGCAUGUCAUUAAGGAAGCAUCAGAGUUAAAUCCAAAGAGAUUAAUAUCCUCUGGCCGGUUCCUUGGAUGUCAGCCUGCUGGUUUAAAAAGAAAGUUUACUGGUUUUCGAGGACCACGUCCAGUGCCAAAGAAAAUGAUUAUUACAGAAAAUGGUGAAUCCGCAGAGUCACUUGAGGCUAAGAAACCUGGCCCUAUUUUUCUUUCUCCCUUCUAUAGCACACCUCCUUUGUUUUCUACUGCUGGCAAGAAAGAUAUAAAUAAUAUGCCAAGAGACCCUGAGAACAGUGUCACUUACAAAAACAGAGAGACAAAUGGCUUACAUUUUUCUUCGGUUGUCUCUACUCCAUCCUUCAAGAAUAACCCAGAAAUGAAAUGUGAAGAAAAUUAUUUUUGCUCUCCUGUCUAUUCUGUAAAUAAGCAUUCAGAUUCUGCACUGACCAGUGAGAUCUUAAAAAAAGAUGGUUUGACAUCUCACUGUUUAGGAGUUUCACAAAACAUCAGAAGCAAAGCACAGAUAUUAGCUCUUCUGAAGUCCAAAUCAACUGGUACAUUUGAAGAACUAAAUUCUGGGACUACAGAACAUCUUCCUCAGAUACAACUACAAGGACCUGUAAACAUCCCUAUUAAACCAAAGUGCAUAGUUGAACAAGAAGAGUGUGCUGAGCCGAAGAGCACAGACAGUUUACACCACCAGCAUCAAUCAGAAAAUACCAUGAGAAAUAAAAGCCGAUGGGCCAUGUAUUUAUCCUCCCAGAGCUCACCUGUACAUUCUUCUGCUGAAGAUGGAAAUAAUAUAGAAAGGAAACCGAAGGCCCAGGGAGACAAUACAAAUUUAGAUUUUAAAGACCUUUUGGCACAAGAGAGGAUACAGGUCUCUGAAACAUGUGCUGAAAAGGGUAAAAAGUAUAAUGAAGUCAAGCCAGUAGAUGAUAGUGAUCAGUCAUUGGAUCAGGAAGUCAAAUUGGAAAUUCCUUCAUUCUGUAAAAGCAACAGCUUACCAGUUACUUGCAACAGUGUGGGGUAUGAUGGCUUAUUAUCAGAAUAUGACAUUAAAAAGAAUAAUAAAAUACCUAUUAGUCAAAAUGACAAGAUGUGUUCAAAAGGAUCAACUCUCAGUAGAGAAAAUGCUCAGGAGGUAAAGAAGUAUGAACGGCCAAUGUCAUUCCUGCCAGAAUCUGAACGUCUGCAAACUGAGUGUUCUAUAGCUAGCAAUUCUAGGAUCUCUAAUGACUUUACCAACGUGCUUUCUAAAAGUAAUACUGAUAAUGGAAAUCAUGACAGUAUUCCUGAACCUGUGAGUAAUGUAACACAGCCACUUGUGGAGGUGAGUUUUAAUCUGAACAAUUUUGAAACCAGUGACACUGAGGAGGAAUCACAGGAAGACAACAAAAUUUCCCAGUAUUCAGAGGGUUGGGUAAAGGAAACUUUGGUUAAUGACAGCAGUUCAAGUGUUCAGAAGAGAUGUGAAGAUACAAGCUGUAAGAAAGUUGGCAGUGAACAUUUGUCUCUUUUAACAUCAAUUGGGGAUAAACCUACAGAGACAUUUCCUAUUAAAGAGACUCUGCUGUCAGAGUUUUGUGAUAAAGCUUGUGUAGGUGUUGACGGAGGACCUUGGAAAACUGGAAACGUUAGAAAAGAAAUAGAAGAGUGUAGUGAUAUAUUAAGCAGUUUUGACUCAUCUUUAGAGGGGACUGAUGAUGUAUCUAUAGAUAAUAAUGAAAAUGCUAAUAAAUGUAUUCAAAAAGUCAGAAUUAACUAUGAUAUUGCUUCACUACAUAGUAAAUCUAAAGAUAUAAGCUCAAAUUUACAUAUUCCUUGUUUGAACAUAGCCACUGAUCAGACUCCUAAAAACAGCCCAUUCUCAGAACAGGCUGAGCCUCAGCCUUUUAUUAUGGGAAGUAACUUAGACAAAAAUGAUGAAUGGCUUUUACUCUCAACGUUGAGCAGUGACAUCAGUAUCCAAGAAUUAAAUGUUAAUCAUAAUCACUCUGAAGAAUGUGUUGCUCUUGAUAAAUCAAGUACCCAAGUUUCUAAUUCUUUGUUUUAUCCUCUGGGAAAAAAGCAUCCUAUUUCAAAAGACACGGAAGCAUAUAUUCCUGAAUCUGAAGAUUUGCGAAGGAUUAGAAGUUUAGACCAUGACCAUGUUGAAGUAGAAACUGAUGGAGAAAGCAAACAAUAUUGUAAUAGUCCUAGAAAUCCUUCGGAACUCUCUGGAUUAGUAAAUAACAUUUCCAUUUUAAAGUCAUUGUCUGAACACAGUACGGCUUUAGAAGGCUUGGAAAUAUUGAAAAAGAAAAGUACUACCUUUAAACAACAAGGAACUCUGAGCAAGAUGACUGAUGAGCCAGAUAACAAUCCUGAAGUUAGGAAACCAUUGACUGCAGGAGUUUUACAAGCUUUACCAAAGUUGCCUCAUCGGAACCAGGAUCCUCAACAGAUCAUAAAAGAAAAUGAAGUUGAACCAAGUGAACCACUUCAGAAAUGGCAAAUCUUUUCCUUGGGAGAUGAAGAGACUGCUUUUCUAGAUGUUAUCCCUAAAGAAUUAGAGAGAAAAGCCUGUGACCCUAAGCCUGUUGAGUUUCAAGGGCACCAAGUGAAAGGAUCAGCUACUAGUGCUCUGAUGGUCAGAGGACACAGCUCACAGCUAGAAUGCGGUCAGUUUCCAGAUAGUAUUGAGUAUGAAAACUACAGGACAGACACUUGUUUAUUGACACCAAAAUUGACUAGUGCUUGUAUGCAGAUUGAUUUCUUGCAGUUCCCAGAUGAAGAAAACUUUCCAAAAGGAGGUAUUGGCUUUCAUAUUGAAGAUAAUUUUCAAGUGAGAGCUGAGUCUAAUAAGAACUCAAUUGAAAAUGACUUUACUUUAGAUUUCUCUCCUAAAAAUUCAGAAUGUUCAUAUCAUUAUUUGGAUUAUAAUUUUAAAUCAGCAGAGAAGACUUCAUGGGAAGGAAAUAAGGCGAUAUCACCAGAACAAAAGAGCUCUACAUUAAACCCUGUUUCUACUUUUACUUUGAACUCAAGAGAUGAAGACUUUGUGAUGGAAUUCUCUGAGGAGUCCCUGAAAGAAAGAACUUUACCUGUUAUCAAAAAAUCCAGUUCUCUGGAGAAUAAGAACUUUCGAAGGCUUCCAUUAGUAAGUAGAACCCGAGUUCCACUUAUUACCUUGCCACCUGCUGAAAGGUCACCUGAUUUAGAUUCUUGUUCAUACGUGAUCAACUGUGACAGGCAAGAAUCUUCUGGUCCCCCCCCCAUAUUCAACUUGUGUGAAGAAUCAGGAGUUCUUUCUUUUAGCUUUGCGCUUGAGGACCAAAAUGAAACUUCCUUCUUUAAAGAAUCUAGAGAAGUGACUCCAGGGGACAUUUUACUUCUCAAUAAUCUAUCUACUCAAAGCAAGUGGCUGAAAUAUCAGAACAUACCCCAGUGCAACUUGAGUACUCCAAGCAGAGUCGCUAAGAAAGUAACAGAUGGCUUCUCUCCUGAGAUUAUUCCUGGGACGCAUUUUAGUGACACAGGUGAAAGACAGAAUGAUACUGUGAAUGAAAUCUCUUUAGACUCUAUGCAUUUGCAAAUGUUAAAAGGCAUGCUCCAUCAGCAGCAGCAGGAUUUUAGCAGUCAAGAUUUGGUUUCUAGAAAGAAAGCACUCUGUUUGAAUAUAAAGCAGACUUCCAAGAUUGAAAAUAUUCAAAACAUGUUAGGAGAGUCUGCCUGCUACAUCUACAGUGUAACAGAUUUACAGGAGAUAAAUGGCUCUGAGCUAUGCUUCCCAAGUGGACAGAAAAUAAAAUCUGCUUAUCUUCCCCAAAGGCAAAUUCAAAUACCAGCUGUUUUUCAGUCUCCUGCUCAUUAUAAGCAGAUUUUUACAUCUUGUCUCAUAGAACAUCUAAAUAUAUUGCUGUUUGGCUUGGCACAGCGGUUACACAAAGCUCUUUCAAAAGUUGACAUAUCAUUUUACACAUCAUUAAAGGGAGAGAAACUGAAAAAUGUAGAAAGUAAUGUGCCAUUCUGCCAUCAUCAUCAACCUGCAAAACUUGUAAUGGUUAAAAAGGAUGGUCCAAAUAAGGGCCGUCUCUUUUAUACCUGUGAUGGACCCAAAGCUGAACAAUGUAAAUUUUUCAAGUGGCUUGAAGAAGUGACCCCAGGAUAUUUAACACAAGAAGACUCUCUACCUAGCAUGGUUUUAAGUGAUACAAAGAGUAUUGGCCUAUACUUAAGAAGUCAAAAGAUACCUCUCUUUGAGGAAUGCCAACUUUUGGUGAGAAAAGGAUUUGAUUUUCAAAGAAAACAGUAUGGCAAACUAAAGAAGUUUACUACUGUAAAUCCUGAAUUUUAUAGUGAACCUAAAAACAAACUUUAUCUUAAGCUGAGUCGGAAGGAAAAUUCUUCAACUUAUAGCAAAAAUGAUCUUUGGGUGGUAUCAAAAACCCUGGACUUUGAAUUAGAUACUUUUAUUGCAUGUAGUGCUUUCUUUGGGCCAUCAUCUAUCAAUGAAGUGGAGCUUCUACCUUUGAAAGGUUAUUUCCCUUCUAACUGGCCCACUAACGUGGUGGUCCAUGCAUUGUUGGUUUGUAAUGCUAGCACAGAGCUGACCACUUUGAAAAACAUUCAGGACAACUUUAAUCCAGCUACUCUACCUCUAACACAGUAUUUGUUAACAAUGUCUUCAUCAACUAUAGUUAGCAACAAGAGAGUCAAUAAGAGAAAUUUUAUCCCACCAGCCUUCUCAAACGUCAACACAAAAUUUGAACUUCUCAGCCUAGAAGCAACAUUGAAGUUAGCUAGUGAAUUAAUUCAGGCACACAAUUUAAAUAAGGAUCAAGCUACAGCUUUAAUUCAGAUAGCUCAAAUGAUGGCAUCCCACGAAAAUGUUGAAGAAGCGAAGGAACUGCAAAUCCAUACCCUCCCUAUCACGAUCAUACAUGGUGUUUUUGGAGCAGGAAAGAGCUAUUUGCUGGCAGUGGUGAUUUUGUUUCUUGUACAGCUGUUUGAAAAGAGUGAAGUUCCUACAGUUGGAAAUGCAAGACCAUGGAAACUUCUCAUUUCUUCUUCCACUAAUAUAGCUGUGGACAGAGUACUUCUUGGGCUUCUCAGUCUUGGCUUUGAAAAGUUUGUCAGAGUUGGGAGUAUCAGGAAAAUUGCCAAGCCAGUUUUACCUUAUAGUUUGCAUGCUGGUUCAGAAAGUGAAAAUGAACAACUGAAAGAACUACAUGCAUUAAUGAAAGAAGACUUGACUCCUCUGGAAAGGGUCUAUGUCAGAAAAAGUAUUGAACAGCAUAAACUGGGGACCAAUAAAACCCUGCUGAAGCAGGUACGAGUAGUUGGAGUUACCUGUGCAGCCUGCCCAUUCCCGUGCAUGAAUGAUCUUAAAUUUCCUGUAGUUGUGCUGGAUGAGUGUAGUCAAAUAACUGAACCGGCCUCUCUCCUUCCUAUUGCAAGGUUUGCAUGUGAAAAGCUGAUUCUUGUUGGAGAUCCCAAACAGCUUCCUCCUACUAUUCAGGGUUCUGAUGCAGCUCAUGAAAAUGGAUUGGAACAAACUCUUUUUGAUCGGCUUUGCUUAAUGGGGCAUAAGCCAGUUCUGUUGAGAACCCAAUACCGUUGUCACCCUGUGAUCAGUGCUAUCUCUAAUGAUCUGUUCUAUGAAGGAAACCUCAUGAAUGGCAUUUCAGAAACAGAGAGGAGCCCUUUAUUGGAAUGGCUCCCAACCCUGUGUUUCUACAACGUUAAAGGACUGGAACAGAUUGAAAGAGAUAACAGCUUUCAUAAUGUGGCAGAAGCUGCUUUUACACUCAAACUGAUUCAAUCACUGAUUGCAAGUGGAAUAGCGGGCUCUAUGAUUGGGGUGAUAACAUUAUACAAAUCCCAGAUGCACAAGCUUUGUCAUUUACUCAGUGCCAUGGACUUUGACCAUCCUGAUAUUAAAGCUGUGCAGGUAUCCACAGUAGAUGCUUUUCAGGGAGCUGAAAAAGAGAUCAUUAUUCUGUCCUGUGUAAGGACAAGACAAGUAGGAUUCAUUGAUUCAGAAAAAAGAAUGAAUGUUGCAUUGACCAGAGGAAGGAGGCAUUUAUUGAUUGUGGGAAAUUUAGCCUGUUUACGGAAAAAUCGACUCUGGGGACGUGUGAUCCAACACUGUGAAGGAAGGGAAGAUGGAUUACAACAUGCAAGCCAGUAUGAAUCACAGCUGAACCAUCUUCUUAAAGAUUAUUUUGAAAAACAAGCAGAAGAAAAACAGAAGAAAAAGAAUGAAAAAGAUAAAUCUAAAGAUAAAUCUCAUUCACAAAAAGACAUGGUAUAG